GCAAGUCAAUCAAGAAAGACGAAGGGGGGGAUAUGUACUUCCGGGGCGUUUCUCUUCUGGGGGUUCGCUUCCGGAAGGGUGUUCGGGCUCGUCCCACCCCCCCUUGGAGGGUUGCUCCACCUGCAACUGGAGCCGUCAUGGAGAAAAGUGGGAACAUUCAGUUGGAGAUUCCUGAUUUCAGCAAUUCUGUUUUGAGCCAUCUUAACCAGCUUCGCAUGCAGGGCCGGCUGUGUGACAUUGUCGUUAAUGUGCAAGGCCAAGCCUUUAGAGCGCACAAGGUAGUGCUGGCUGCUAGCUCACCUUAUUUUCGAGAUCAUAUGUCACUCAACGAAAUGAGCACAGUCUCCAUCUCUGUUAUCAAGAAUCCCACUGUGUUUGAGCAGCUCCUUUCUUUUUGCUACACAGGGAGAAUAUGCCUCCAGCUUGCUGAUAUAAUAAGUUACCUGACAGCAGCUAGUUUUCUACAGAUGCAACAUAUAAUAGACAAAUGUACACAAAUCCUGGAGGGAAUUCAUUUCAAAAUUAAUGUGGCUGAAGUUGAAAUGGAAUUGAGCCAAACAAGAACAAAGCAUCAAGAAAGGCUCCCAGAAUCUCAUCGAGCUUCCCCAUCUCUAAAUCGUUCUCUGAGUCCUCAUCAUAGCACUCCAAAAGGCAGCCGUAUGGGCCAAGUUAGCACAGUUCUGGACAUUCGGGAACUGAGUCCUGAAGAGUCUACAAGUCCUCAAAUAAUUGAACAGAGCUCGGAUGCGGAAAGCCGGGAACCCAUACUGAGGAUUAAUAGGGCAGGUCAAUGGUAUGUAGAGACAGGAGUGGCAGACCAUGGUGGGCAGGGGGAUGAUGAUGUUAAAGUGCUUGGAGCAGUGCGAAUCAAAACAGAAAACUUGGAGGAGUGGCUGGGGGCAGAGAAUCAGCCAUCUGGAGAAGAUGGGAGCAGUGCUGAGGAGGUCACUGCCAUGGUGAUUGAUACAACAGGACAUGGAUCAGUAGGACAAGAAAAUUACAGUUUGGGCUCAUCAGGAACAAAAGUUGCCCGGCCAACCAGCACUGAAACAGACAGAUUUAGCCCUUCUGGUAGUGUGGUUACUGUAAAUGAUCGGUACAGGUCAAAAAGUGAAUCUCCAUGGCGGAUGGAUGAACCUAAGCAGCCCAGUUCCCAGGUGGAGGAGUCAGCUAUUGUUGGAGUAAGUGGCUAUGUGGAAUAUCUCCGUGAACAGGAAGUAUCUGAACGGUGGUUUCGUUACAAUCCACGUCUGACUUGCAUCUACUGUGCCAAAUCCUUCAACCAGAAGGGUAGUCUGGACCGGCACAUGCGGCUUCAUAUGGGCAUCACACCUUUUGUUUGCCGGAUGUGUGGCAAAAAGUAUACCCGCAAGGAUCAGUUGGAGUAUCACAUCCGGAAACAUACAGGCAACAAGCCCUUUCACUGCCAUGUCUGUGGGAAGAGCUUCCCCUUCCAGGCUAUCCUCAACCAGCACUUUCGUAAGAAUCACCCUGGCUGUAUGCCACUGGAGGGAUCGCACAGCAUCUCUCCAGAGACCACUGUCACCUCCAGAGGGCAAGCCGAGGAAGAGUCUCCUCUUCAGGAAGAAGCCGGUCUGGCUGGGGAAACAGCACAGGGAUCUGUAUCGACUACUGGGCCAGAUUGAGACCAGAUGCCCAGUGGAUCAGGAGAUCUUCUGUAGGAUAAGCAAACCCCACUGGGAUGGUGAGCUCCUGUAGUUGGUUGUGCAAUGUUGCCAUUGGACGAAGACACUCCCAAGAGGUUGCCAAAACAGAAAAGAUACAGUACUGUAACUAAAGUGCUUAUGGUUUCCCUUAUUUUUCUCCAUCUCCUUGGAAAGGAGAAAACAAAAACUGGGUCAACUAACCUCUGAUUCAGGGAUUAACAACUUCGGAGGGGUGGGCUGUUUUUUUUUUUUUUUAAGUAUUCAAUAGUGAACAAGGAGAAAUAUAUUUUUCUCAUUUCUUGGCAACAGAUCCUAUGGUCCUCUGGGCUGCAGAGAUCUAGUUAUGUGUAUGCAGAGCAUCAGCAUCUGUAUUUAUCGAAAUCAUUAUACCUCCAUAAGAUACCUGGGGUCAGGAAAUGGUUUUUAUUGUUUUGUGCCCCACUCUUAUUUCCCAGGUAAUUAUUUUUUUGAAAACAAUGGCUGUUGUACUAUAACCAACCAUGCCUAAGUGUAUUUUAUCUCAUUUUCAUUUGAUGUAUCUUUUUAAAAAUUGACCCAUUACCUAAGGGCUUUUAUUAGGGGGAGGGGGCUUGCCAUUUCAACAUGUGUGGCCUUGCCUGUUUGUUAUAAGGCUAGCAAUUUUUUGAGCAGUAUUUUAAAGAUUACACAAUAUUUAAGUAAUUAAGCUACUGAAAAGGCAGUAACUACAGUAUGAGGUUCUGCCAUCUUUGAAUGAUAUUUUCAGUUGUGAAAUAUGGGUAGUGCAGAACACGUCACAAUUCUUGCUUAUUCUAUGUGUGCUGCAAAAACUGAAAAGUAGAUUUCUAGUUAUGAUGAAUUUUUAAAACAGUGGCUUUUUCCAAAGGUCAUCCUUUGCCUCCCAUGCACUUGAUCUAAUGAAACAGCAAUAUUUAUAUAUCAAAAUAGAUGGAUCUCGGUGGGAGAAGAAAUCCUGUCUUUGUCUUUGUUUCCCUGUUUGAUAUUUUUAUAUGAAAAACAUGCAAAAAAUAUGCUCCUACAGUUCAGUAGGGUGAAAGCUCCCAUUUCCUGUAAGCAGUGAAAACUUUUCCUUUACACUUCUAUAAUAUUUCACAGAUGAAGUUGGGGAGAUCUCUCUCUCUCUCUCUCUCUCCCUCUCUCUCUGCCAAAUUCAGCAAAUAUGCAUCUCAUGUUUCUUAAUAUUCUGUUUAUAACUGAAAGGUUACAUGUGCAGGAGAGCAAAUAUUUCAAAUAAGUGUCUUAUAUUUGCAAAAUAAGUUUUGUGUUGGUAUUUAGUAGCAAUGCUGAAGAAUAAAGGUGAAGAGUUGGCAUAAUGCUAAUAUUAUAGAUUAUACGGAGUUAAAAUGGCUGAAGCAAAACUUAUAGGAGAAAACCUGAGAUGUGGUGGAGCCAUGAAAUGAAUGGGGAGAGGAAUUAUAAUGUUAUAUAAAGGAAGAAACAGCUUUUUGGUGAACAUGCUUAGAUUUGUAUAAUAUUAAUAUUUCGCCAAUCUUGCCUUCUUACUACAUACAUUUCUUGCUUCUAAAAAUGAAACUCUUUUGAUUAUGCUCACAGGAAGAAUGAAAAUUGUUCAGUGCUCUCCCCUUUCCUCCCUAUGUGUGCAUUUCUUUUUUAUGUUAACUGUGGAAUUUGUUCCAUUCCCCAAUUCAUGAUGAAGCAAGCAGUGAUUUUUCUUUGUGAUCACAAAGAUACACAGAUUCAAAAUGCAUUGAAAAGAUUAACUUAUAUUUGUUUAACAGUUUGACAAGAUUCUCCCAAAGCCACACACACACUUUUCUUCUGGAUGAAGUAGGGAGGAUAAUAGAUGUGAAUAUAUCUAUCUAUAUGCUGCUUUAAUCAUAACUUUCAAAUCUACCAAAAAGAAACAAUUUACAUUGAAAAGAAUUGGAAAAUAUUUCUAGUUAGUUUAUAACAAAGUUUUUAAGCAUUUAAGAAUAGAAUUUUAAAAAUGUUACCAAACUUGUAAGGCAUACAUUUAUUUAUCUACAAGUAUGAUAUAAAUAUAUAUAUAUAUAAAUAUAUAUAGAUAUAUAAUUAUAAUGGGAAUAUUUCUUUGCUGAAUUGAUGACGGUGUAGCAUUUCUAUAUAAGAGUUUCCUCCAAAGCAGAAUGCAGCAAAAAAUCCAUACAUAUUAAGGGGGCAAAGAAUUGUAAUGGAUUGUUGAAUGUGGCAUUUACAGAGCUGUGAGUUCUUUUUGGACUGAUACUGUGAACAGAGGAGUGACCAAGUAAUCCAGGCUUGGGUCAUCGGUCAUUACCUGCUUGCUGGUAGACUCCUCUUUAUUUAGCCUGGCCAGAAUCAUUGAGAAUUUCUUGCCUCUUAGCCCAGGCUUCAUUUUAAAAGAAAAAUAAAGCUUGUGAAAUGUGCUUUUAGUUGCAGCCAUUGAAAGAUGUCAUUGUUACUUGCAUGCAAAUGAGCCAAUAUUCUUGCCCGUUCUUCUUUUGAACUGGGUUUAUAGCUUUAGUUAUCCAGUCAGCUUAUUUAUACAGAAGGCUACAUUAUGAGAAAAAGCCUGUAAGAGGCUUGUGCCAGCAAUCUUCCCAGUCCUUGCUUUCAAUAUGCCCAGAAUAUUGAAAGGGAAACUUCUAUUUCCUUUUAUAAACAACACAGUUUAUUUUGAAAGCUGGACCCAGACAAAUGUGAACCUUAGGUAUGAUUCAUUCAUUGAAGCAGACAAAUCCAAAUCACAGCUUGUGAAGGUUGAUUUAUUUCAACUAACCAUAAUUACAGUUAACUAUGGAUUUAUGUUCAGAUAAUAAUACCUCUGGAUGCAAUCAUGUCCAAUGAGGCCAGGAUUCAAUAUUUUGCUUGUAUGUCUGUGUGAAGGUGCAUGUGUGUGUACAUGCAGAAAAUGAUCUUGAUCUGUGACUUCACAAAAUAUAAAAGCUGCCAAAAUAUCCUGAGCUUUGUGGCUUUAUUGCAUUUGUAGUGUAAUCAAGAAAUCCUGAUAAAUGUUAUUACUUAAAGAGCCUGACACUCUUUAAAGAUUUAGAAGCUUUGCAGGAAUACAUGCAGGUUGUUAUGAUUUAUAUAAUCCAAAUCGUGCCAAAUAUUGAGGCAUUGCAUCUAUUGACAAUUGCUAGAAUGGGCAGUGGGCCACUUAGGAAAGAAUCUAACUUCGUUUGACCAUUUAUGUGGAAACCCAUGGUGUUGGAUGUGGCUGGAGCUGAAAGAAAACUCUUUUGAACUGCUUGAUUCUGUCUUGAGAUCUUAUUUUUCCCUCAGAUUCUACCUUGAGUGCUCUUUUUUUAGUUAUUCUAAACAAUGUGCUAUUUAUACAAAUAAGUUACGAGCUGAUGGUGCAUACAUUCACAAAGCCUGUUUCAAUACUUAAACUUGUUUCAGACGAUUAUGCUUUGUGUUACAAAAUGGAAAGUAUUCAUUUUCAUAAAUGCUAGUAUGUUAGUGUUUGAACAAAAGUGGCAAAUAAAAGUGGUUGCAUUAGACAGAAUUGAAGCAAACCUGUGGUGAUGCUUCCUUUUUUGUUCUGCAAUGAAACAUUUACUUGUGCUGGAAUUUUUGUAUUCAGUGCUUUAACCUUAACGACAAAUCUGGAAAUGGGCUUCAGGACAUCAUUGUUGGAGACAUUAGGCAUUGGCUAUAUUGCCACCCAAGCUCAAAGGAUUAUUCUCUAGAUUCUGUAGUGUAAAUGCGUUGGUAACCUAUUUUUUUAUUCAGUGCAUCUGGACAUUUUUUAUCUGUGCUGAAUUGAUUCCUAAUGUGACUCAAAAGGGAAGUGAAGUAAAAUUCUUUAAUAUUAUACCUCAUUACUUAAUGCCUAACGUCAAAAAUAUUAUCUAUAGUGAGUAAUUUAUCUCAUUUUUUAAUGAGACUUGGUAGGUUGAACUUAUAUUUACCUCUUCUCUUUCAAAGAAUGACAGAGCAUUAGAAGGAAAGGAUAAUUUCAUUGCCCUGCACUUGCAGAAUGAAUCUUCAAUGUGAAAUUUUGCCAUUAUCUUCCUGUGUCUGCUUAUAUGCAUUAAUCUUAUCAAAAGCAAUAGAGUAAAAUUAAUAUAAUUCUUAACACACAUCAUUGCACUGCAUGUCUGAAUUGCCUGAUUUGCUUUAAAAUAGCUAGCGUAAACAAACGUAGAACAAAAAAAGAGGAAAAAGAAUCUAAACAAUUGUAUUCCUUUUUUCCUUGAGCAUGAAAGAUGCUUUUCCCAAAUAUUUGUGAGACUCCAACUUAUAUUUAGAGAUCCACAUGAACUCAGGAUACAACUUUGUCAUGUCUUCAGUGUCUGAAAAGGUUGAUCAGUAAGCUGUAUUUUUUUUUAAGAAUACAGCUUUUUUUUGUGAGAAGAGAGCUUAAUCUCUGAAUUUGAAAACAUUUCUUGCCAAUAAUUUUAGAUUUUAUGAGUUUUACUUCUGAUGUAUUCAAUUUCUAAUGUCCAGUUCUUCUAAACUGAAAUGAAUUUUAUAUUUCAUAAGCUUUACUUGUUCUUUAAUUUUGUUUAAAAACACCUAUUACAAUGAUCCUGAAAAGUGGAAUUUGGAAAUAUGAUUAUAAGUGGAAAUGACAUAGAGGUGUCUUUUUUAAUAGUGUAAGUAAACUCUUAUUAGUAAAAGAUUCAUCUACUUAUUAAUAUAAGAUCUGUAAAUAUAUCAGAAUUUUAUAUACUAGCAGAAAAUAUCUGAAAUAAAUUGAAUACAAAUGAAUUAAAUUCUAAUCUUAUUAGAAAUUGCUGCUUAUGCCACAUUUUUUGAAUGAAUUUUAUAAAUUGUUUUCUGGAGUUUUGCAAUCCUGAACUAUUAAAGGAUCAGAUGCUGUAUAUUGAACUGUAGUUGAUGUCUGCUGGAGGAGACCCAGGAUUCAGACCUAAAGGAUUCUGUUCUGGUUGAAAGGAUGAGAUCUUGCAUAUUUUUGUCAAUAGGUUAUAUGCAGAUUAGGUAAACCUAUUUUCUAAGAUAAUGUUUAAAACAUUAUUAGGUCUUUUAAAAAAGGUUAGAUUAUUUGUCAAUCACUUGCAAUAUAUUGGCCUUUAAGAGGAGCAGUUAAAACUAAAUAUAGCAUUUUAAAAAAUUUCUUAGUAGACAAUAAACUAUCUCUACCAUUCUGAUUGUGACAUCUGUGCUCCAGAAUUUUGAAGGGUAUAUUUUAUUUGAUAUAAAUAUUUUGAAUGUUUAUACUUCUGCUUCCUUGGACAAUGGAUUUUUUUUUUGGUUGGGAGCAAGUUCACCAAAGGUGGCUAAGGAUGCUUAGUUGGAGGUGGACAGGUAGAUGUAUGUCUGAAAGCCAAGUUUGGAAUUGCAAAUUGAGUACUGAAGAUCAACUUUUGCAGGUAUAUAAAUUGGACCAUUGUUCAAGGCAAAAAGUUUUGAGAAUUCAGCGUGUUGUUUCUUGCCAUAGCAAGCUGAUGUUUUGGGGAAUGUCCUUUUUAACAGUUCUGAGGGAUGUGAAGGUGUGCUGCUUCUAUAUAUGCAGGGUCAUGUUUCAUUGAGACGUAUUGGCAAAUUGGUUCUGUAUUGGUGGUUAUAUUCCUUUUAAUUUGCCUAAUCUUUUUAAAUAAGUCUGUUAAUGUCUGUCUCUGCAUCUUGUGAUAUGGAAUUCUAUGUAUCAAUUAUAGGAAAAGUUACUACAUAAAACAGAUUGCUGGAUUAGAUUUAUAACCUUGUAGAAUGACACAACCAGGGAACAAAAAUAUGCUCAAUGUUCUAAGAUUAUGUGUCGUGUUAUAUUCUGUAGGCAUGUCCUUAUGGAAAACCUAUUUACUUAUGCCAUUACUUGCCAUUUAAGUCAUGUUUUUCAAAUACAGGUAGUCUCAUACAUUUAGUGAUCAUUCAAAGUUACAAUGGCAUUGAUUGAAUGAUGGCUAUGACCAGUCCUCAGAGUUCCUGCCAUUCCAACACCCUCUCCAGUCAUGUGAUCCUGAUCUGGACACUUGGCAGCUGGCUUACACUUAUGACUGGUUGCAGUGCUCCACGAUCACAUGAUCACCAUUUGCUGUCUUCCCUGCUGGUUUCCCCAGAAAGUAAAUGGGAAAGCUGGCAGGGAAGAUCGCAAGUCAUUGCCCAUCAAUGCACCUUCCACAACCCCUCUGCACUUGUGGCAUCCCACCCUCCCCAAUUCUUGCAUACAUUCACUGAACCUCACCACUUUUCACAUCACUCCUAUGUACCCUUGCGCUCCCUCCCCAAGCCUCACUGCACAAUGCACAUCCCUCAUGCCCUCUCCCAUUAGGCAGCAGCCACUUAUUUACCUGCUGACUUGCUUGAGAGCCAUCUGGGGCUUGUAACUUCCUGUCAGUUUCCCCACUGACUUAAUGGUGGGAAGCCAGCAGGAAAUUUCCUUCCCUAAUUGUUGUCACUAAGGGAUGUGGUGGUAUUUUAUGACCUUAUGACUUAGUGACAGAAAUUCCAAACCCAAUUGCUGUCAUAAAUCAAGGGCUACCUGUAUAUCUUUACACAAAUUGUUAGAAAGCAACUGGAGUUAUAAGAAAUAAUACAAAACAAUUCCUGAAUUAAAUGGCAGAAAAUUCAUUAAAAUUUUAAUUUGCUUGAAGUCUGAAUUUUCAUUUAAUCUUGUCAAGCAAGAUACAUUCCAGCAUAAAGCACUAAGACAAUUCUCCUGAUCAAACUGGGGAUUCAUUUUGCUGGCGAAGAGCUUAAGGAGAUAGACAUUGCAUGUGCAGGGAAAGAGGGUGUUUUCUGUUAGAAUUUGCCCCUGCUAGUCCUAAGGAAGCCAGCAGCUAUAUUAUCCAGAUAAAGGAGAAAGCAAAGCCUCAUCUGAGUUUUGAUAGUGCACUAUUUUGCCUGACAAGUUUGAUCAGUUGUUUGUUUUUUAAAGGGCCAACUGGAUUUUUGUAGUCCAAUUCUGGUAUACCUGCAUUUACAGAUAUAUUUCUGAACAUUUGUUGGUCUUUAUAAAGGUAAUUCCCCAUUUGUAAAUCUCAAGAUUGUUUAAAACUUUUAACCGGUGCCUUCCACUUUCCCUCUCCUCCUCCUGUGAAGCCAUUUCUUCAGCACUUGCCAAUUACGAUGGGUAUGUUUUUAUCUCUUCUGCAGGUGCUUUUCUUUAUAAAAUGAAAAUCUGUAUGGGCCCAUAAUAUCUUAUGUCUUUUUGCUCCAGGAAUAUAGGGCUUGCUAUGUCUCGAUCUGACAUGCUGAUUGAUUGACCCCGUUCUUGCCUCACGUGGCAUUCGUUUCCUUAAUUGUUCAUUACUUUUUUCAUUUGUUCAGAUUUUUUGUUCUGAGAAUGAAAACUACUACUAGACCUCCAAGCUUUAUGGCCUAGAUUACCUUUCUAUGGUUUAAACCACUAGCAGAGUUUGAAAAUACCUUUUGCCUUACUGUAUGAACUAAUCUUGACUGGAAUGAAUUUGGGGUUCUGCUGAAAAGAAAGCAAGAUCACAUUUGCAAGUGAAUGUGAACCAUUUGCAAGUGAAUGUGAAAUUAUGCAGCUUUUUAAAAAUUUGUCAGAGAUUAAUAUGUUCCCCAUUUGAUACCAGUGGUCAUCAAAUGCCAUAAAAUCUAAAGCCAGUUAGAGUGAUUCUGGAAUCAGACUUUGACUUCCAAUGUUCUUUGUCAAAAACUGUAAGACCGGUAGCAUAUUUAUUGCCAAAGAUCCAGAAAUUGCCAAGUCACAUCAGCACUGCUAUCUAAAAACAGGUUCAGAUGUUUUAAUACUACUUCCAUCUAAUCUGUAUGCAGAGUUUUUUAUAGUUUUAAAAUGUUGCCAUUGAUGUCUAAGAUUAGGUAUUUUUCACACAAAAACUGCCUCCAGUUGCAAAAACUGAGUUUAAUUUUCUCUUAAACAUUAAUGAGCCUUACUCUUCAAGGGCCCCUGCAUCUUUUUUGUAUUAUAUCAACCAGAUAGAACUGAGAUUCCAUUUGGUAAGCAACUCCUUCUUGUAUUUAUUUAUUUUUAUUUAUUUAUUUUAUUUACUAUAUAACUCCCCAGCCCUCCUUUGUAAAGAGGCUGAGAAAGUAAAUAGUUAUGGGUUCUUUCAGUGAGAGUCACUCAGUUCUGUUCUGGGUAGCAUUGGAAGAAUUAAAAGGAAUUGCUUCUUUUUGCCUCUACCACUGCAAAUAAUUCCAUAUCGAAAUUGGUACAAAAAAUACUAAAUGCGGUACUUGUUUCAACAUUAGCAGAAUGUUGCAGCUAGAAAUGAAAAAAGCUACUGCUUGGAUAAAAUGAGUUGCUUGAUGCAUAUUUAACGUACUUGGGUUUUCUCCAUUUAUUUCUCAUUUUAACCGAAUCUUCUAUUCCAGUGAUAUAAGCUAUGUUUGCUACAUACCCCUGAGAGAUGCAUCCAUUUUUCAUUUCAUUGUAGAACAGUUUGCACCAAUAUAUGCAUGUAGGCAUACAUCUAACUGUGCUGUUUAGAAAUCUGCAGUGAAUUUUUAGAUCCAUCAUUCCUGCAUUUAUGCUGAUUGGACAGUGCUAAAUGUUUCUGUUUAAAGGGAAACAAGCUGUAAUCCUUUACUUAACCACAUAAAGGAGCUUUAAUUCAGUGACUGAAGUGCUAACUCCAUUUGUUUGUUAGGUAUACGCUUUUUGCAGAAAUCAGAGUUCAGGUAACUAUCAAUACACAUGAAUAUUUAAUAUACAUGAACUCCUGGAGGGCAGGAGUUUUUGGUCUGACUGCUAGUAAAUUAUUGCUGUGAAUGGUUGUUUAAAUGAGAGAAUUAACACUGAUUACAGAGUCUUUAGGGACCUUGUCUCUUCCCAAGAAUUAAUGUAAUGCUGUCAAAUGAUUGCUGGGACAGAAAUUUACUAUUUUCUAGCUAUUGAUGAAAAGCUGAGACAUUUGAACAAAAUAUUAAAAAUUGCAGUGUAACAUUUUAUAAAACAUUUUUCUUCCGUUUCUGCUUCCUUAAGUAAUCUACCCUUGAUUACAGUUUAAUAGUUUAAGGUAGAAGGUGCUGUAUAAUUUGGAAACUGGACACACUGAUUCAACAGUGUGUGUAUUAGAGAAUUUGCAAUACUCCAUUUUUUUCAGUAUGAAAAAUAAAUAAAUUUCUGACAAUAAAGUGUAUUUUUCUUUGCAGAAAACGAAUAUAUCAAAUAAGAUCAUUUGAACUGAAAUGUGGAUACUUUUCUUGAAAAACUAUUCAAUCUUCUUUUUAAAAAUAAACACACAGUUGCUUCCGGAAUAUUAAAAGCACACUUUCCCUUCCGUAGAUACAUAUUUUUUUUAAUGCAGAAGGGAACUGGUUCAUUUUGUCACAAUUAUGCCUACUUUUCCUGUAAGAAUCUUUUAUCUUAAGAUGUCAAGUUCAUAUUUCAGAAAUGCUUUGCUUGCAGCCAGUCUCCAGCAGAAAAACUUACUCAAUGACCUGUACUUAAGAACAUGGAGAGUCGCUUUACUAGGCAAGGUGGAUCAACUGAUUUAGCAUAGGAUUGGUUUUUAUGUUCCCAGUUACUCUGGGCGUUUGAACAUCAGUACCUGAUCUCCAUGCAUUCUUAUAUUCACAUUCAUUGGAAGCAAAAGCAAAGUUGUCAAGACAAAUACAUGCGGAAUAGAGGUGUAUCUUACGUUCCCUUUGCUGUAGCAAAGAUAGAGAGGGGCUUUUCUAAUAUUGAAAUACAGAUGGCAAUACAUAUUCUUUAAUCACACUCUUUAUAGAUUUACUCUCAAAUAGACAUUACUCAUGUUUUAAUUAGUUGCCAUAUUCUCUAAAGGCAAAAGACUGUAGAGGCCAUGGAGAAAUAUAGUCUGAAUCCUGGUUGUGGGAAGGAACCUUUCUCCUGUUGUGCUCCCAGUCCAGAUCUCUGUUCUAUAGUUUUCACAAAGGAAGCUCCAAUGUCUGUGGUAAGCAAGUUGGCGUCAAAGGGGAUCCUUGAGGUGGGGGGGAAAUUGAAAACCACCAUUUUAAGAGUCUUUACAGUAGGAUAAUACGCUUCUUGCACUUGUGCAUCAGUUGUAUGAGCCACAUUGGCUAUAAUGUCAACUGCCUUGCCCUUUAUUCUUUGCAAUAACAUUCAGUAGAGAAAAGUGGGGAAACUAAAUGUGAAUCAUCAUGUUCAUUGAGAGCCCCCAGCCUUUUGGAUUAAUGAGGUAUCUGAAGUUGAGGCUAGGAAAACAUGCAUUAAUUGCUGGGUAAGCUCUAUAGAGUUCCUUUUCUUAUGCUGUACUUGAAUGUAAUUGUGUGAUUGGAGAGUCAAAAUAAUAUGACAGAUCUGUUUAAAUAGAAAAUAAAAAGUAUGUGUUAACUUAUUAUGCUAGGAAAUUAGGCUAAGAAAAUAUUGUCCCUUUUUAUUUUGCUCCUGCUGGCUUCCCCCCCAUCAAAUUAAAAUGACAGAAAUUGCAUUCCUUUUGUAUGAACUGAGGUUGUGAAUGGGUUUACUGGUAACAGUGUUGUUUCUUUAUUGAAAUACAUCGAAUUCAAUUCUUUUUAUUAUUAGCCUGUGGCAGCACUUGGUCACUUAGCAGAUAUUGAAAAAGCCAAGCAGGAUCAGUUUUGAAAGAGAUCCAAUUAGUGCUUGGAUGGGAGAUUAUCAGGAUUCCUAAAGCUGUGGCCCAGACUGGAAAGAAGGCAAUGACCAACUACUUCUGUAUUGAUGCCAAGGGAAUUAUAGAGGCAUGCUUGUAGGGAAAUACAACUCAAAGGAGAUGGUGUAAUUUUUACUUUGUUAUUAGAAAAAUAUUAGUUAAGUAUGUCAAGAAUGACAAGUCAAACCUACAUGUAUUAGAACGAACUACAGCACGUAGUGAUGAUGUUUUCUGUACGAUAAUGGAAAAAAUAAUUAUUUUGUACAUUAAUAGAACUAAGUUUUAGAAUGAAACUUGGAUAUGGCAUUCUGUUUGCUAAAUCAAUAAUAAUCACAACUGACAAUCAAGAAAAAACAAUGGGAAGGUCCUCAAAGGAAAUAGAGAAGCAAUGGAGUGGAAAGUUCUCCUAUAGAAGCCCCAAAGAAACAGAUAAAUGAGAACUACUUAUGACUACUUAUACUAUAUGGGGAUCAUAAAAAAGAUAUUUUCUGUAUGUUUAAAACUGAUACAUUGUGUGCGUAUGUAUGUGUGUGUGUUGAUGAUUUAUAACUCAUUCUGUUCCGAUCAGACCAGUGACUUCUAGUUAUUCUUUUCCAUAAUAAUGAAAUAUACUUUCUUUUUCUCUACAUUAGGGCUGUCAAACUCAAUUUCAUUGAGGGCCGAAUCAGGGAUGUAUUUGACCUCGGAGGGCUGGGGUGGAUAUGGUAAUGGUGGGCGUGGCCAGCUCGACAUCACUUGUCUCGGGGGCACCUGUGGUGGCCUGAGCACUCUGCCAGUGAAAAUGGGCUCCUGAGCUCAGUUUCCGGCUGUGCUGGCCUCCUGCAAUCCUCUGCCAGCAAACACAGUGUCCGGGAGUGCCUCAUGCAGCUCUCCCAAGCUCUCUUUUCACUGGCAGAGGCACGGCUGUUUCCAGGCUGUUUCCCCAUGGGUUUGAUACCCCUGCUCUUCAUUAUACAUGGAGUCACCUUUUAAUAGUAGUGACACAUGGGAGAGACUGUUAUAGAGGAAGGCGAAAUUGAACUGGGGAGUAGUGGUAGUACUGGCUUGUGUGUCAGUGGUCUAUUUUGAAUAACAUCUCCUACCCUCAGGAAAUGUAACUUGAAAGAACAUUGAAAUUAAUAUUGUUCCUCUUGCAGCCAGUGGGUAGUGGAAUUGUAGUCUCCUCAGGAAGAGAAUGCUGUGCAAUUUCAGCAAACAUUUCCGUGCCUCUUUCUCUGGUGCUAUUUAUUUUACCACUUGGUUUUUGUAUAACUAACUACAUUUUUGUUUAUAACUCUUGACCAUGCAUAUCUAAUAUAGAUUUUCAAGGACUAUGCUUUUUUUACUACCUUGACUACAAAUCACUGUAUGUUCAAUUAAGUAUCUUGGAUUUUAUGAGUUUUAUAUACAAUGCACCCCAGAGAGAUUGUCAGUGCUUUGGGGAGAGAGCAUGUUUUACAAUAUUUGAGAAUGAAUUUUUGUCUCCCCCUCCCUUGUGGCUCUUGACAAAUACCAAUUCUUCUUCCCAGGCCCCAACAGUAUUAGGGCCAAGCUUUCCAGGAUGGAAAUCUCACAUGAGGCUUCAGACUGUAAACUAUGUACCGUAAUUAAUCUGAAAUUUUUGAGAAAAAUCACUGCAGCGAGACAUAAGAAGCAUAGUCAAUGAGCAAUGCCAGAUGCUACAUGGGUGAAACUUGCAAUCCCUGAUCUCACUGUGAACCCAAACUCCCAAAAUGUUUGCGGAGUCUGCUGGCAGCUUAGCACACGUAUAAUAUAUAAAGAGAAAGAAAGCAUUGUACAUUUAACAGCAGCAGGCAUUUUCUGCAUUAUUUCAAGAAUCCAUUUCAUUAUUACACUUUUUUGAUAUUAUUUCUUGCAACCCAGCUUUUAAAUGUAGUAUGGCACUUUAAGUGUUAUUUUAACUUCUCCUUGUCCCUUCUUUUUCCCACAAGCACUUUAAAUUCUAUGGAUAUUGUUAGCUAUUAUAUACAGGAGAAUUGUCUUAGGUGGAAAAUAGAUAGCACUGAUUAUCAUGGUGCAGAGCGAUUAGAAGAGAUUUUUUGCAGCCCUGACUAGCACAAACAAGACACCUCUCCUCUCCUUGGAUGUUUGAACAGCUUUGCAUCUCUUGCAAGACUAUCCCUAGCUGUCUCUCUUUUUGUGAGCAUGCACAACCACUUCACUGGGAGUCCCAACAAAGUGUUGCUUGUGCAUAUUUCUGUAUAGGCAGACAAGUGGGAACAGCUUUCAAAAAAGGUGUUUAAUUUGCACAAGUGUGCAUGUUGAAAACAUUUGUUAACACUUUGGACUGCCCUAGUACCUUCUGCAUCCCAGGAGGUGAAAGUAUUAUAUAUGAUCACUUUUCUUUAUCAGUACUUCUGCACUCCUCAAGACUAUGAAAGCAAAAUGCUAUGUUUGCAUCCCAUAUUUUAAUUCAGAUAUAUUGUCAUGGGUGCAUUACUUGGAACCUGACAUAUAUAAUAUUUGGAAGGUUGCCAUGCAUGGUUGCUUGUGAAAUAGGGUAGUUUUUGCUUAUUGAAAUGGGCUGUGUUUCUGCAUCAAAUCAAGUUUUUGGAAAGCUACAGAGCCAUAAGAAAAUGCAACUGACGCUACUAAGGUUUGUAACAUAUACAGAAUUGCAGCAAUAAAAUGGGCUGAACUUUCAUCAGAUCAAAUUGUAUUGAAAUAAUGUCGGUUUUAGAUUUUCUUGUAAAUAUCUCUGCCUCAAAUAAGUUCACCUUGUACUGUAUUGGAGUGGGAGAGCAGGGCUUUCAUGGUGGCAGAGUGAAAGCUGGGCCUGUACUGGGUAGUAUGAGUUCAGUUGCCCUGACUGACUGCGUUGUAGAGAUAUUCUAUCUUUUGGCCACAUCAAAUGGAAAUGAAAGUGGAAUGGUUGGAUUGCACAGAUACUAGGUAAUUUUCAUAAAGGGAGCAAUAGGGUUGUGGUCCUGGUUUUAAUGGGAUUUGUAAGAAUUUGAGAAAAGAGUGGUUCAAGUCUGUUUGGGGGUUGGGAGCUACUGUCAUCCAUCUAUACUUGUUCGCUCUUAGCAUUAAAAUAUAUUUGUCCCUCUCUCUGCUAGGUGGGUUUUGUUACUGCUUCCCUCAUUAAAACAAAAUCGUUCCCCAUAUGAUACCCUCUAUCAACCUGAAAUAGAUGGAUAUUUACUUUUCUGUUGGAGUAUUGAGACUUCUUGCUGUAUAUUCUUUUGGGUUGAUUUUCAUUGCUUUGAAUUACCAAGAUCACUGUAUUAUUUUGCAGCAGGCUGAAAAGGGAUCCAGCUGUUUGCAAAUGAUUGACAGCAGAACUGCCCACUUUAUUUUUAAACCUCAUUUUCCAAGCCUAUGCACCCUCUUAUUGUCCCACUGAUCCUUAAGCACAUGGAGGGAGAAUAAAAGGGAAGCUAGAUGGUAAUGAUUUUGUAGGUGUUCCUUUUGAUGUAGGUAGAAGAAGAUAAAAUAUAAUAGUGAAGAUAAAGGCUUGCAUAAAACCCCUUUUAAAGCAGUUUAGCAACAAAAAAGCUCUUAUCCAACAGCUUUAAAAUGUGAAUGAGAAGUUAGCAACUUGGUUAGAAUUCUGAAAUUUUCUAUAAGUGUAUACUUGAACUUCUGUUUGUAUUUAAAACAAAUGCAUUUUUCCUCUUUAACACUGUAUAAAAGAAAUGUUAUGCAUGUGAGUGGUUUGAGAAUUAAAUGGUUUAAUACUCAAAGGU